AUGAUACGGGAAAACCCUGCCAGACCAGAUAGUCUGUCUAGCACGAAUGAUCUGGUUUUCUCAAACAACCAAACAGAUGCAACUUCUACAAGUUCAACUGUAUUACCUGUCAUCCAGCAAGAUCCAGAAGUUGCCAAAGCAUUUGCAGAUAUUUGUAUGGCAUGUCGUACUGGAGACAUUGAAGUUGUAGACUCCUUGCUUUCUACGCCCAAUCUAGAUAUCAAUCAAGUGGACGAGUACAACUAUUCACCAUUGAUCUUGCUGUCUUUGUGCGGGCAUUACCCCAUAGUGGAAUUGUUGCUUCAACGAGGUGCUGUUUGUGACAGAGAUACUUUCCAAGGUGCGAGAUGUAUCUACGGGGCAUUGACUGAUGAAAUUAGGGAUCUUUUGGUGAGUUUUGAUAUUUCGAAAGCGGUGGAUUCAACACAACCUUUUGCUGCACAUAUUGCAUCCUUGUUGAAUCCGUUAGUUACCAAUACCAGGGAUGUGGCGUUCCAAUUCAAGAGCGCUUCUGGCGAAUUGACAUCUUUCAAGUUGCACCGAUUUUUACUUGCCGCUAGAUGUCCGUAUUUUAGAGAGCAAUUGUUGAAUGACGGCAAAUGGGCGUAUUUGACAGUGGUUAAUAUGCCGGAGAGUGUUGACCCGCUGGCAUUCAAAGUUAUUAUGGAUUAUAUAUAUCUCAGAACUGAUUCCAUUGCCAUUGAUGAUACGCUGAUUCAAGCCCAGUUGAUUGAAUUGGCGAGAAAAUACAAGCUUCCGGAUUUGUUAACAGGAAUCGAGAAAAUCAAACAGUGUAAAGACGAUAAAGAAAGGGCAAAGGUAAAGCAUGACUUGGCAUUUCAGUUUGUGGAAACAGCAAGAGGUAACCUUGAUGAAUAUCUUGAUAAAUAUGUAUGGAACGAGAAGAUGGUAUCUCCUAUGGAUUUAGAGGAAGAUGUUGAUAUUGAUGAUAUUAAUAGUGAAGAAUUUAUUACUGAAGAGCAAAGAUCUACACUUUUAGAAGCUGAUUCAAUCCCGGAUAUCAUUCUAUCAUGUAUUGAUUCUGAAACUGAAUCUGUUGUUUACUACCCUGUAAACAAAUCUAUUCUUGCCAGAUCUGAGUAUUUCGAUACUAUGUUCAAAUCAGAUAUUUUCAAAUAUUCUCAAGAAGAUAUCCCAGUUUACAAGGACAAGAUCCAAGAUCAAGAGAUCAUCAAUAGGCCACAACUUCAACUGGAACAUCUCCCUGUUGUGCAAAUAACUACAACUACUACUAAUCAGAAUGUAGCCCAAAUGAUCUUGUCCUAUUUGUACCAUGAUGAUGUGAAACAUAUUCCUUUGCCAUUAACGAUUGAGCUAUUGCUAGGUGCUGAUGAGUUGUUUUUAGAACGGUUAAAGACAAUGUGUGCAGUUAAUAUUUCAUCACAAUUCAAUUCAUUUACAUUUGAUGAACUCCUCGACCUUAAACUAAAGUUAGGAUAUAAUGCGUAUGAUUUAAUAAGAAUAGCGUGGCAAACCAGGUGUGAUAAGUUGGAACAACAUCUUACAAAAAUGAUAGCGUACAAUCUUCAUAAACUCUUUCAAGUUGAAGAAGAACGUGAAGAGUUUGCUAAGCUAAUUGAAGAGUCUGCCGCCAGGAUUAAGGAAAGACAUGAAACCGAUACUAUUGAAUUAAUUGAUGAUAUUCGUUAUUACUUGUCGAAGAAAUACGCUGUUCAUACUGAAUUUCAAUCGCUUGAUCCAGCCAUGAGUUUUAGAGAUCCUGAUGCCAAACCAGCGGAACAUAUCCAACUUUAUAAAACCGCAUUAAUGAAUUACGACAAGGACAUUGAGAUCAUUGACUAUUUCUUACUGGAAUUACAAUUAGAUGCAUAA